CGCGCACCGACCGACUUUGCGGCAAGAGGCGCCCAAAACCCAACCGAUGGCAACCGGCGACCGCCCGACCAACAAGUCCCAAACCCACCCACACACACUCUCUGUCGUCGCCGCGAUCCUCGUGUGUCCUGUCGUCUUGUGUAUCCCUCGAAUCAUCACACUGCUAUCCGUCCGUUACCAGUUCCUUGUUCCAAACUACUCCUACACUGCCUCUCUCUGCACACACGGACGCGGCUACGACACGAGACGCCACGCCUUAUCUCUCCUACUCCCAAGUCUCUUCGCCUCUACCCACAUUGCCCAUGUCGCCCGCGACCUCACCUCAACACUAGAUCACAAGACUGCGAGCCCGCACUGGCAAAAGACCUCGCCGCACGCAAGCAACGCACACGCACAACACUACGCGUCCGGGUCGGCCAGCGGUGCAAGCACAAACACCUCACUGCCCGUGCACCUAAAAAGCCUGUGUCCCUCACCACAGCACCAGGCGACAACACACACCGCCUCCGCGGCUCCUCCUCGCAAUGUCGCCGAGUGCGCUGCCGCGCGAGCUCGUAUUCCACCUCUCGUCCCACCUCGUGGGGCUCGACCAGGCCGCCGAUGCCAUCGAGGAGCACAUUCUCUUCCGUCGCGCCAAGGGCGACAAUCUCUAUGAUGUCUCGGUCUCGCUCAUCGAGCUCGAGCGUAGGCUUCCUCGUCUCAGCCCAUCGAUCCGACAUGCUCAAUACGUAACAAACAUUCCACCCCCAACAGAUCUUACGGCCCCCUCGGCAGGCAGCGCACACCAACACUCGGCGAGCCCGGCAACGAUUCUCGCCCACCUCGUUUCCAAGCCUACGCCAUCGGUGCAGCAGAUGCGCGAGGUCGUCCUGGAGUAUGUCAUUAGCCGCGAGACUCGACUCCGCGAGCGCAAGUACGGCCGUGGCGGCAAGGGCACCCUCGGCCGCGAUGGCUUUGAAGAAAUCGCUGCGCGCAUCAACGAGGUCGAAGAGGGCCUUCGCGGCAAAGGCCAGCUGGCCGGUCCACGAGGUGUCGUCCUCGCCAGCCCUGUGGCGUCCGACGAGGAGCUUGAUGAGGAGCGACAAAUCGCCCUUGCCCUCCUUCUGUCCCUUCGCAUGCUCCUGUCCUACUUUACCCUUGCCGAUCUUGCCCGCCAGCUUCUCCGGCAAACUCCAACAGACGCCGAGCGCACAUUGGUUCAGCACCUUCGACGACGAGUUGCGGGCGAGGGGCGCUUUGGCGUUGGCAAGGAGCUGGAAUACGUCGAGGGCUUGACCUUAAAUCGUCGACCAGCUCUUCGUCCAGCGUUCACGUCUGCUCGCGCGCGUGCACAUCUCCCCCAGCGCGCAAUGUAUGCGAUCCCGCUCCCCGCGCCGGGGAAGUCGGCGUGCCUCAAACUCCUCACGGCUUUCGUCCGGGACAUUGAGCAAGCUGGACCUGGAGCGGCGGUAUCAUAUAUGCAGCGAGGACCGUCCUACGGCGUCGCUUCGGAUCGCCAAGGUGGCGGUGGUGCCUUUCGCAACAGGAAGGGCAGCCCGAGGACGACGACAGGCAGUCCGUCGUCGCCUUCGUCCCCGACAUUAGGCGGUUCCUCACCCGUCAAGAGCAACCACUUGCCACUACCUUCCGAUCCAACUCCUAUCGCAAGCUAUGCUCAGGAGCUCCUCUCUGAGUGGCUCAUGCGCGAGAAGCGCGAGUAUAUGCUCAAGAACAAGUGGGUCAAGACGGGUCGUGAACAGCUCGGCAAGGACCUCGGAGACAUCGAGACGUCGCUCUGCAUGGCCUCCAAGGGUAUGCCCUCGAAGCAUGCUCAGAGUUUACUGCCGACGUUCCUCUACCUCAGACGAACCUUUGCCCUUCCACCCUCGCCGAUCCCUCGAGCCAUCACGGACACCUAUCUUGACAUGAUCCCGUCACUCCCAGACCCGGAUUUCAUCCCGCUCCGCGAGCCGACCGUCAGCAGCACGACCGCUGCCCUGUAUGUCAACCCGCGCCUGGAUGACGGAUCUGCGGUGGAAGCAGUCGAGGAGCUGCUGGAGACGGAACGAGAAAAGGGCAUUACGGCGGGUGUGAGCGAGGAGAAGACGAUCGCGUGGCUCCAGGGCCUGGUGGAUCAGGUUGAGAAGCGGUUCCCAGACGGAUCCUACGAGGCCGUCUUUGAACGCGCUAGGCAUCUUGCUGUCCAUCCUCGAGUGUGGCCAGAUCUCGAGCCCAGCAGCGUUUUCCGCAUCAACCGAACCAGCCAGCUGUCAUCGCCUUCCAGCGCGGGUCACCGUCGAUCCAAGUCGUCUGCCGUGCCGUCGACAUCUAUUGUGGAGGACGACUUUGAGCCGCCACAAGGCAUCCGCUCCCCGUCGCGAUCUCAUGCCCGCUCAGCGAGCCUGCCAAUGAACUCGAGGACCAGCCACAGCGAGGAAGCUCAUGAAGCCAGACCUGUUAUCACCACCAGCCGAUUGCUUGCCGCCACGACAUCGCAGAGCAGUCCUGUGUCGCGAGACCGUCCCGCGUCUCAGGAUCGAUUCGUGCGGCAGGACCGAUACCGCCCAGACACCCCCGAGUCGUCUGAUCCCAGUGAAAAGGUGUACGACACCGACGCGGACACGGACACGGAUUCCAUCGACUCGGAAUUUGCGCGCCGCGUCGCUCCUCUUCCACACCUACCGACCUCGCUGGGUCUGUCUGCGUCGACCUCAUCCAUCGUGCGCAACAAACCUCCUCCGACGUUGAACCUCGUUGUCCCUGGCCCCGACCUGGGUUUCAGUUUUGACGUUGACGAGCUGCUGCCCUCUAUCAAGUCGCCCGUGUCACCACCUCAGCCUACAAGCACAAGCGCGACAGGCUCGGCGUCGGUGGCCACUCCUCAGACUGCCGAGUCGUCGGGUGGUUGGUGGGACGUUGUGUCGCCCUUGACUACGAACUCGCCUCAUGUGCCCAAGCCAUGGGAGGGUGGUAACAACGCCAAUGGUUCCAGCCCCAGCCGAUCAUCAGCGUACUCACUGCCACCCGGAGCUGAGCCCGCUGCGGCACAGAUGCUCUUCACCUCGGAGGCCAAGCCUGAGGACGGCAGGAUUCAGACAUCACCGGUUGCCCCGAUCGACCUGUCCUUGGACACUGUGACUCCGAGGAUCACACCCAAGACGACACCGGUUUCGCGCCACGCCCCGCACUUUGACAAGGAAAUGCCGCCUGUGCCCGACUUCCCUGCGGAGGAGAGGCCAGUCACACCACCACCACACACGUACCGCGGACAGCCGGAUGAGUUUGGCGUCUCGCUCGACUCACCGGAGCAGUCAUCCGAGUCGCACUACACCGCACACCGAUCGUCGAAUGAGCACAUCCCCUCAGCGACGGCGACCUGGCACGCCAGGCCGACUGCUCCGCUGGCCAACCCUCCUCCUCGAUCCAACACGUACGGCUCGUUAACUGGGUCACGUCCUCCUCCAGUUCCCACCAUGAUUGACAGGCCAAACUUCCCCGCCCCUGGAAGCGCCCCAAUCUCGCCGGUCAAAUCUUACGCCCUGCCAGCUUCUCCAUCCAAGCUGGCGCAGCGCGAACUGGGGUUCUCUCCCCGGGAGUCGACAUUUAGUCACCGCGAAUCGACCUUUACUCACCGCGAAGCGGCGUUCGUGCGGAGUGACUUGGCCUACUCGCCUCGCGAGUCCACAUUCACUCAGCGCGACUCUGCGUUCAUGCCACCACCGUCUCGCGAGUCGACGUUUAAUCAGCGCGAAACGGCGUUCGUGCGAAGCGAGAUGGCGUACUCGCCUCGCGAGUCGACGUUCACCCAGCGCGACUCUGCAUUCGUCCCGCCGCCGUCCCGCGAGUCGACGUUUGCUCAGCACGACGCUCCAUUUUCGCCGUCCUCGCCACGCGACUCGGGUCACUCUGGUCGCUCACCCCGCGAGCAAUCGUUUUUGCACCGCGAGCAGCCGGGAUUCUCGCCGCGUGAGUCGACGUUCACACGCGAUCUCCCGCCAGUGGUGCCUCCUCGCGACGGAGCCGCCCCCCUCAUGACGCCUCGUGAAGUGCCGCCGGUUAUCCAUACGCACAUUGCGCACCCACAUGGAAACCAGCAACCGACUUCUGCGGUCAAGUCGAAGAUGAACACGUUUGGGCGGUCAAUGGGCCACUUGGUCAUGGCGCGCGGCCGUGCGGAAAAGGACGGCAGCCAGAACACGGUGAACGCCAUGCGUAAGCCCGAGCCUCCUGGAGCAGUCACCAACAAUCCGGGGCGGUGGAACCGAGAUAUGGUAAUUGGGAUUAUGGGACCGCCGGCCGACCGGCGAUAGGGGGAUCCACACCUUGUCUGUUGUAGAAGCAUUGAGGGGGAGGGGGGCUAGAGAGAGGAGGAUCGGAGAAUAGUCGUAGUGCAUUCUUGUGUAGCCAUCCAUCAUGACAGACUGGGUCAUCAGUCUGAAUAUGUAUAGUUGUAAACAGGG